AUGCAGUCCUCGGCCGUGCGCGGCACCCCGCAGUGGCUGCGUGGCCUGCUGUCGGAGGAAUUCUUCGACGCGUGCGCCGUGCACCCGGCGGAGCGCAAGAACGACAAGAACCACUUCUGCGCCGACUGCGCCGCCGCCCUCUGCCGCCACUGCCUCCCCCACGAUCCCUCCCACAACGUCCUCCAGAUCUGGAAGUACGCGUCCUGCUUCGUCGUCCGCGUCGACGACCUGAAGCUGUUCGACUGCACAGGCAUCCAGUCGCACACGGUGAGCGAUCACGAGGUGGUGUUCCUGAACGAGCGCACGGCGAGGAAGCGCUCGGCUUGCGCCGAGAACCCCUGCGCCGCGUGCGCCCGGCCGCUCUCGUCAGGGCACGACUACUGCUCCCUCUUCUGCAAGGUGAAGCAUCUGGGGGAGAGCGAGCGGGGGCUGAGAUGCGCGUUACGCGUGAACAGGAAGGCGGCGGCCGCGGGUGAGGAGGCUGCCGGGUCGGAGCCGCAGAACGGGAAGCGGCCAAGGGCGUCGUCGUCGAAGGCGGGGCCGAGCUGUGGCGGGUCGUCCGGUAAGCGGAGCCGGAAGCAGCUAGCGCCGGCUCGCUCACCAUUCUGUUGA